GGAAGGAGGGGCGGGGCGUCUGGUGGCGGUAGAGAACUGGGGGGGAGGCGGCAACAUUGUUUUAAGUUGGACAAAUUGACAAGAGCGAGAGAUACACUGCGUUCCAUCCCGACCUGGGGUCGCGGUGCUGGGCCCUGUUUCCCCCUCUUUGGCCCCCCGAGAGCCGGGGCCCGCUUUCUGCAGGGUUCCCAGGCCCCCGCUCCAGGGCCGGGCUGACCCGGCUCGCUAGCGCUUCAUGGAGAACUUCCAAAAAGUGGAAAAGAUCGGAGAGGGCACGUACGGAGUUGUGUACAAAGCCAAAAACAAGUUGACGGGAGAAGUGGUGGCGCUUAAAAAAAUCCGCCUGGACACUGAGACGGAGGGUGUACCCAGUACUGCCAUCCGGGAGAUCUCUCUGCUUAAGGAGCUUAACCACCCUAAUAUUGUCAAGCUGCUGGAUGUCAUCCACACAGAAAACAAACUCUACCUGGUUUUUGAGUUUCUGCACCAGGAUCUCAAGAAAUUCAUGGAUGCCUCUGCUCUCACGGGCAUUCCUCUUCCCCUCAUCAAGAGCUAUCUGUUCCAGCUGCUCCAGGGCCUAGCUUUCUGCCAUUCUCACCGGGUCCUGCACCGAGACCUCAAACCUCAGAAUCUGCUUAUCAAUGCAGAGGGGGCCAUCAAGCUAGCAGACUUCGGACUAGCCAGAGCCUUUGGAGUUCCUGUUCGUACUUAUACUCAUGAGGUGGUGACCCUGUGGUACCGAGCACCUGAAAUCCUUUUGGGCUGCAAAUACUACUCCACAGCUGUGGACAUCUGGAGCCUGGGCUGCAUCUUUGCUGAGAUGGUGACCCGCCGGGCCCUAUUCCCUGGAGAUUCUGAGAUCGACCAACUCUUCCGGAUCUUUCGAACUCUGGGGACCCCAGAUGAGGUGGUUUGGCCAGGAGUUACUUCCAUGCCUGAUUAUAAGCCAAGUUUCCCCAAGUGGGCCCGGCAAGAUUUUAGCAAAGUUGUGCCUCCCCUGGAUGAAGAUGGACGGAGCUUGUUAUCGCAAAUGCUGCACUACGACCCCAACAAGCGGAUUUCGGCAAAGGCAGCUCUGACUCACCCUUUCUUCCAGGAUGUGACCAAGCCAGUACCCCACCUUCGACUCUGAUGGCCUUCGCUAAGCCACCACUCCUGGUCUCACCUUCUCCAGUGGGGGCCUGAUGUGGCUUGGCCCUGGGCCAUUUGCCCUUCGAUCUUGUCUGGCUGCCUUAACACUCACCUUCCCCUCUUAGCCAGCCAACUCUGGGGAUACACAAGGGUGGAGGGGCAAAAUGGGUGAAAAAUGAAAGGAAGCUUCAGUAUUGGAUGCACUUAAGUCAGCCGCCACCACUCUCUCCCCUCCUCUUCCUCAUUGCUGAGGAAGGCUGGUAUUAAAAAAAAAAAAAAAAAGACUGACUGUUUCCCCUCCCCCAACAUAGGGUUUGCCAUCCCAAUCUCUGAAAGCCCCGCAGUUAUUAUUUUCCCGUGUUUCGGAUGGCAGAGACCCCAAGCCUCCUUCAGCCACUGUGUUCCUAAGGCCAACUGAUAGCAACCGGGCUAAGUUGGAACUUUUGUAAACCAAGCAAAACAAAAACAUAGGGAGGGGCCUGUUUUAAGGAAUUAGGUUAAAAAAUAGAUCCAACCAGUUUAUACCCUAAUUUUAGUGUUUCAUCUCACCUAACAGUCUGGGAGACUCAAGACUCCCAGUCUCCACAAUCCUGGUGGGUCUGCAAUAGAAAUGACUGCCCUCAGGCCUGUUGUCUGUCCCUCCUAUAGGCAAGGGUGUCUGGGAGGCUCUGGGACAGGGAUUGUGUUUCACCGCGGCCUUAUGAGGCAAGUGAAAGAUGUUUGAAUUUUUCUCUUCCUUUUUAGAGUCUUAGUUCUUCAGGCGCCAGGGAUCCCCGCUCCCAUCUUCCUUUGAAGGCCAUCCCAUAGGAGUGGAAGUUAGGGUUUAGACAUCAUUUUGAGAAUGCUGACACUUUUUUAGGGCUCUGACUGAGCAGGGGCAUUGGGAAAAAAUAUUUCUUUAAGAGAAGGAUGAACAAUUAUAUUUAUAUUUCAGGUUAUAGUAGUUUUUUAAGUGGGAGUGGGUGGAUUUGUUGCCAUGUGUACCUUGGGGUUUUGUAAUGCGAAUGUUACAAAAAAAAAAGAGUAUUUUUUUUCUUUCUGUGAUUUUGUCUGUCUUCUCCCACCUCUUGUCCUUGAGUGUUCUUGCUAUUAACAUUAUUUGUAAUUUAGUUUGUAAUUCAUUAAAAAAAAGUUUUAUAGUU